AUGUCAGACCAAAACCACGCGCCCACAUCACGGUCGAAGCCGCCGCCGCCGGGCGAGGAGGAGGCGGGCGCGGUGCUCAAGCUGGGCGAGUUCGAGGGUGUGGACACGCUGACGCUGUCGGAGGCGUCGCUGGUCAUCGACGCGCUGAUGCUGAAGCGGCGCAAGGACCGCAAGGACCGCAACGAGACCGACGUGCUCAACAAGACGCUCGACUACCUCGACGCGUUCGCCCGCUUCAAGGAGAAGGAGAACGUCGAGGCCGUCGAGCGCCUGCUGAGCUCGCAUAAGGAGCUGACUAAGUUUGAGAGGGCACACAUCGGCUCCCUCUGCUGCGACAGCGCCGACGAGUGCAAGACGAUGAUCCCUUCUCUCGCCGACAAGAUUUCCGACGAACGCCUUCAGGAGCUGUUGGAUGAGAUGGCCAAGCUCAUGAGCAGUUGA